AUGGCGCGUAGGAGGCCUAAAACGCUAGCAAAAGAGAAAGACAUGCUACUUCAGCAUGUAGAGAAGACGAAAGAUCGAUCUUCGAUGACCAACGAUCUCAUCGCCAAUGUAUUCGCUGCUACGUGCGACCCAGACUCGACUGUCUUGGUCGAGGCAAUCAAGAAUAAUGAUGCAAGGCUGGUCGAGAUGUUCUUGGAAAAGGGCGCAGACCCUCACCGAGCGACUGCGAACGGGCUGCUACCAAUAUUCGUGGCUGUCAAGUUUGCUGACUUGGGCAUCAUCAAGAUGCUAGCUCAACACAGCGCAGAUGUUACAAUCAGAGGUCUAGGAAAUCUUAAUGUGCUACAAGUAAUUUUCAAGACAUACUCGACACGCGACGAAGAGUCCGUUGUCGCUAUCGUUGACUAUCUGCUCGCCAAGGGUGCUGACGGUUUAGCUCAGUAUCCGGACGGCAAAACGCUUCUUCAUCGCGCGGUCAGUGCAGAUGUUGACAGCGCCAAAGUAGUGAAGCUACUGAUCAAUAACGGAGUUGAAGUCAACGUGCACGACAACGACAGAAAUACUGCACUACAUCUUGCAGCAUCCCACGGCCUCAUUAACUCAACAACAGUCUUGCUCGACGCGUACGCCGAUACCAAGAUUGUGAACUCUAAGAAACGCACACCGCUUUUUAGCGCUGUUCAAUACCAGCAGUGGCCCGUCAUUCCACUGUUGGCGGUUCCUCCUGCCAUCACUUCGUGGGACGCCGAAGGUUCGACUGCUUUGCACCAUAUUGCUCGAAGCAUACCCGAAGACCAUGCUACCUGGCAGGACGUUGCCGCCGCUGCGAGACUGCUCUGUGAGCGAGGCAUUUGCAGGAGCAUGCGAGAUUGGUCAGGUGCAACACCGCUCAUACAAGCAGUCAGAGUACUGCCCGAGGAGGGCUUGCUUGUAGUCGAAACCCUGCUCACGGAAGGUGGCAAGAACAGGAACUGUGUUGGUCAUGAGGACCAUAAGAGACGCGAUGCUCUUUACUACGCUGCAACCCUAGGCAAGCCUAUCUCUGUAGAAGCACUGCUUGAGCACGGCGCCCCGUUUGUUUUGGAGGGCUGGACCGAUGGAGAGAGGCAGUUCGAAUUGCUGGCAGCCUCCAAGGACCGGAUUCUGAACCUCAUCAUCGAAAAUGAUUGUUCACGGAAAGCGGCAAAAUCCCAGGGACGACACGACCUGAUCCAAGAGACGCGUAUCGAGAUUAUCAAGACCGAAAUGAGAACGAGCUCAGCAUUGUCAGGAUACCAUGCGGAAUGUGAGUGA